AUGGCAACCACUAGUGUAAUGGGAACAGAAUGUGAAGUUGGAGUAGGAGCAGAUGACGGCACCGACGAUGAAAAACCACCACAUUGUAGCUUCCUACAAUCAACAGGACCAACAUUUCUAGAGGAACACUCCCCCACCAGCCAAAACAUCCCCCUCAAUCUGUUGCUGCUUCCAAUCGGGUCCCUCUUCUCAAUCAGACAAAGGCAGAGGACCGGAGUCCUUAUUCCUCCUUCGUGUGUUGCUGACCGAUUGAAUCAGAAGAAGAAAGAAGACGAUGACGGUUUCAAGAUGAACAGAACACAAGCCUUAGCACCGACCACGCCGUCUCUCGACCCUCCUGGCUCCAUCAAACGACCCUCAGGUGAGCUUCAGCUUCAGAGGCUGCGGCCAUUCUCAUUUCCUAAAACCGUAGGGUUUUCAGAGGUUGCGGUCGAUUCAAUCCCUAGUUUCGAUCUUUGUGUCACAGCCUAG